UAGAACUGCUGAUGAACACUCUGUAGUUGCCAUCCGGCGAGUGAGGACGUAGCGCCGGAAACAUGGUGGACCAUAUAGAUGUACCAACAAUGUCUACGAAGUUGCAGAAUACACUGAUUCAUUACCACAGUAUUCCUGAAGAUGAGUGGAGUGUUGCUAAAAAAUCAAGUGAUGUAACCGUGUGGCGAAAACCAUCUGAGGAAUUUGGAGGCUGCCUUUACAAGGUUGAAGGAGUCGUGAAAAAUGUUACAAACAAAAUAGUUGACUAUAUCCGACCCGGACCAUACAGACUGCAGUGGGACAGCUUAAUGACUACUAUGGAAAUAGUCAAGGAUCUGGAACAGGGUUCCUGUGUGAUGCUAUACACAACUGCUGGGCUACUCCUGAACAUUAUUUCCCCAAGAGAGUUCAUUGACUUCUCUUACACUACCAGCUAUGAAAAUGGACUUUUGACUUGUGGCGUAAGCAUCGAACAUGAAAACGUCCAUCCAAAUUGUGUCCGUGGGUUUAAUCACCCUUGUGGCUGGUUUUGUGUGCCUCUCCAGGACUGCCCUGAGCACAGCUUUCUGACUGGUUACAUACAGACAGAACUGAGGGGGAUGAUUCCGCAGAGCACUGUUGACUUUGCGAUGGCCGGUUCACUUGUGAAUUUCUAUAGUGAUCUCAGGAAAGCAUUAAAGAAGUCGUAGAGUUUUUAGACAAACCAAUAUCACAUACUGGAGGUCAAAUACUGUUUUCCUUUUAAAA